AUGGCCACGGCCUGGGAAUGGACGCCCGAGUCGAAGCUGUGCUUCGUCACUACCGGCGCAACAGCACCAUUCACGGCACUCAUUGAAUCCGUCCUGAGUCCUUCAUCACUGGAAGCAUUGCUGGAGAGCGGAUUCACGCAUCUCCUGGUGCAGCACGGAUCAGCCAAGGAUGUCUUUACCAAAGCCUCCAGCAUCGCUCGAGCUCACGUGCAGGGUCAAAUCGUCAUCGACGGCAUCGACUUCAAUCCAGAUGGCCUACAGGCACAACUCAGACUAGUGCAACAGGCCAAAGGCCUCGUAAUAUCACAUGCUGGAUCUGGAUCCAUCCUCGAGGCUCUCCGCUAUCAGGUCCCUUUGAUUGUUGUGCCCAACACAAGUCUCUUGGACAAUCACCAGGAAGAGCUCGCUGUUGCUAUGGAGCGCUCAGGCUACUUGUUGAGAGGGCAUGUUGAAGAUCUCAGUCUAGCUAUUCGGAAGUCUGAAGAGUUCCGUACUAGGAUGUCACAGUUUCCGCCCGUUACCAGUGGACAGCAUCGGGAAACGAAAAGCUUCGCUGCUAUCAUGGACGAGACCGUGGGCUUCAUGGACUGA